AUGGCGCGUUUCUUGGUGGGACUCAACCGCGACAUAGCCAACGUAGUAGAAUUACAGCAUUAUGUCGAAGUGGUGGACAUGGUGCGAAUGGCUAUCAAGGUGGAGAAACAAUUGAAACGUAAAGGCGCUGUUCGUAGCUAUUCUACCGCGACUCCUUCUAAAUGGAGCCAAGGUGUUGGAAAAAACGUUCUACCGAGCCGAUCCAAAGAAACGACCAUGCCCGCAAAGUUGAACAAGCUCGUGGCUGAACCGAGCAAAGGCAAGGCUGUUGAAGGAUUCUCUAACCAUUUGAGGGACAUAAAAUGUUUUAAAUGCCUUGGAAGAGGGCAUAUUGCAAGCAAAUGGCCGAACCGAAGUACCAUAGUGGUGUGCGCGAACGGAGAUAUUGAAUUCGAAGAAAAACUUGAAGAUGAACCCGAAGCGACUUUCGACGAGGAAGAAGAAAUAGAACAAGUCCCCGAAGGAGAGCUUCUUGUUGUCAAGAGAAGCCUUAGCAUUCAAAGUGUGGAAGACGAGCAACAACGAGAAAACAUUUUCCAUUAUCGUUGCCAAGUUCAAGGAAAAAUUUGUAGUGUCAUCAUUGACGGUGGCAGUUGCUUGAACGUGGCAAGCACUCUCAUGGUGGAGAAAUUAGGCCUACCAACCAACAAGCACCUGAGCCUAUACAAACUCCAAUGGCUCAAUGAUGGUGGUGAGCUUAAAGUUACGAAGCAAGUACUCGUCUCCUUCUCCAUUGGAAAAUACUUUGACGAAGAGAAUGUGUUUAUUACCAACGACUUACCUGGAAACCUGCCUUCUUCGAUUGAGACUCUUUUGCAGGAAUAUCAAGAUGUUUUUCCUGACGAAACUCCGAGUGGGCUACAACCUCUUCAUGGGAUCGAACAUCAGAUUGAUUUCGUUCCCUGCACUGCCAUUCCAAAUAGCCCAGCUUAUAGAACAAACCUUGAAGAAACUAAAGAGUUACAACGUCAAGUUCAAGAGUUGAUGGAAAAGGGCUACAUCCGCGAAAGCCUUAGCCCGUGUGCCAUACCGGUCUUGCUGGUUCCAAAGAAAGAUGGUACAUGGCAAAUGUGUGUCGACUGUCGAGCCGUGAACAAAAUAAUCGUUAAGGACCGGUAUCCGAUGCCUCACCUAGAAGAUAUGCUUGAUGAACUAAAUGGUGCCAAGUUAUUUACAAAAAUUGAUUUAAAGAGUGGUUACCACCAAAUUCGUAUGCGAGAAGACGACGAAUGGAAGACGACCUUCAAAACCAAGCAUGGCUUGUACGAGUGGUUGGUCAUGCCAUUUGGCCUAACCAACGCUCUUAGUACAUUUAUGAGGUUAAUGAAUUACGUGUUAAGAUCCUUCAUUGGUGUUGGUCUAGGGGCCAUGUUGACUCAAGACGGAAGACCUAUUGCGUACUUUAAUGCGAAACUAAAUGGAGCUGCCCUCAAUUACCCCGUUUACGACAAAGAGAUGUAUGCACUAAUCUGA